GUUUACUUAAAUCAUGGACCCCUGACCAGUGCCCAGGACGUGAUGCGAUGUGACCUGUGUGAGACCGCUGUGGUAGAAAUGCAUUGUGAUACGUGUCUUAUCAACCUGUAUGAACAUGGCUACAGCAUGAAGACAACACACAAAUCACCAGAAGCUGGAUCCUCUCCUCCAGUCAAACAGCUGCUUGAUGAACCAGAGACUGUCACCACCAUGAAGACUGAGUGUAGCCUUUACCAUGCAGCCUGUCUGAAUGAUGAAGAAAUCUGGACAAGUGGAGAUGACAGCAUCAUGAAACUCUUCAGUUUCAAUCAGGGAUCACUACUUAAGUCAAUCAGAACCAAGUCAGGGAACAGACCAUAUGACAUAGCAGUGACAAAAUGUAGAGAUUUAAUUUAUACUGAUUACAUUGAUAAGAAACAAAGCAUUCAGUUUGAUGAUCAAGGUAAACCUCUUUAUUCAUCUGAUUCUGAUUACAUUAGUGAGAACAGGAACCUGGAUAUCUGUGUGUCUGACUAUCGAGCUCAAGCAGUAGUGGUGGUCAAUCAGGUCGGGAAACUGAGAGUCAGGUACACUGGGCAUACUCCUGCUCCAAAGAACAAACCAUUUCAUCCACGAGGAAUCACCACAGACAGUCAGAGUCACAUCCUUACAGCUGAUAAUAACAAUGACUGUGUCCACAUCAUAGACCAGGAUGGACAGUUCCUCCGGUACAUAGAAUGUGGACUUAAUUAA